GGUCUGAUGGUGCUGAUGAGCCACUGAACCCGUCCAGAGCUCAGCCUCAUGCCUGCACUCUUCCCUUGCAGAGACGGCCCAGCAUGAACAACAGCACUGAAAAUAAUGCACUGCAGGAUAGCAUCACACUACUUAAGACGAUUAUCUACACCCCAGUGCUCGCUUUGGGGAUCCCACUGAACGCAAUUGCCUUCUGGGUCUUCUGCUGCAAACUCAAGGGGUGGACUGAGACCAAGGUGUACAUGAUCAACCUCAUCGUCGCGGAUAGUUUCCUGCUCUUUACCCUGCCUUUUGUGAUAUAUUUUAACAAGUAUGACCAUCCCAUAGACCAGCUGUGUGUUGCUAUAGACAACAUCUAUUUUACAAAUAUGCCUAUGAGCAUCUUUAUCAUCACCUUGAUUGCAAUUGAUCGAUACAUUGCAAUCAAGUUCCCUCUAAAAGCAAAGGUUUUUCGAUCCCCGCUGAAAUCAGCUUCUAUCUGUGGCUUUCUUUGGAUAAUGCUCAUAAUUUAUUCCAACAUCCAUCUAAAAUUUCAGAAUAGGUGGGAAAGAUUCUGCUUUCGGACUCGAUCUCUUGACCCUAGUUAUUUUUCUUUAUUCACUAUUAUCUUUGGAUUUUUUAUUCCCUUAGGUAUUGUGAUUUUUUGCUCAGUACAAAUCAUCAGAUGUCUCAAAAAGAACAUGGCCACAAGCCCCCAUGAGACAAAAUUAAUCCAGAAGGCUGUGCACAUUGUUUCUGUGAAUUUGUGUGUGUUCACUGUAUGUUUCUCCCCUUUCUACAUUACACUGCUCGUGCUGUUUGCAGUGGAGGUUACUGGAGCAUCUUCUCUGGUGUCAGCAGUUAACAACUCUAUUAAGUUCUCUGCAUGCUUAGCAAAUUCUAACUGCUGUUUGGAUGCAUUUUGCUAUUAUUUUGCAGCCAAGGAAUUUCCAGAAUUUUCUUCUAUAUUCCCCACCUGUAUGAGGUCCAAGACAAAUGAAAGGCAAGAGUCACAGCCACCCACAGGUGAAGUCAUGGCAUGAACAAGGUGUAGUGCACGAGAUGUUAAGUGCCACUCUGCUGCUGAAGUUUUGAGGCAGAGAGAAUGGAACCACCUACAGUAUGUGCAGUCAUUGUAGGUAUAGGCAUACCUGCAAAAUGGAGCAACCUCCACCAAAGGGUCUGAUAUUAACUUGAAUUUUGCCCUUCUGUCCUUGGUGACUUGACUCCAGCUCUGAUUAUAGUCUUGUAUCAUUGUAUGGCAGCUUCAGGCAUCUCCUGGUGAUUUUCGUUGGCUUCAUGGUCCCUCACUUUCAGUGUCUCCUGACUAAUAAACCUCUCAAAAUUUUCCUCCGUGGACUGCAAACCUAUGUCCUUCUCAUUUAAAUCUAGAGACCAUUAACUUUCUUAGUGACAAUUAACAAUUAUUUCCCCUACAGAAGACUGUCAUCUUUUUCUUCCUGCAAACCACAGUCUGAAACCUCUGUCCAGACAUUGUCCAAACAACACAGGAAAUUACUAUUCCCAUCACAGAAAUUAUCCCCCACCCAAAGUUAGAUCUACCUGCUUUGUGUCAAUACUUUGGCAGGUGGCUCAACGAGAUGGAAGCUGCAGUGAGCAACUGUGGCAUAAAAAUGAAUUAAACUACUCAGAUCAUUCAGCUGAUAAUUUAUGUCACAAUUUUCAUCUUUGGUGUAUUAUUUAAUGCUCUGGCAUUAUUGAUGUUUCCCUGCAAGCAGAGCAAAAGGGCCGUGUGUGUAUGUGACAAAUUUAACCAUUACACACUCUUUGGCCCUCAUUCUGCUUUUUAAAGUCACUAUUCAUUUAUUACCAUUAUACAAACGAGUAUUAUUAGUGCCAAAUUUAUACUGGAGAUUGUG